AUGGCGGAUCAAGAUAGAAAGAAUGAGUACGAGAUGGGCCCCCGUCCGUCUGCCCAGAGCCAGGAUGAUAAACACGCUGAGGUAGAGGUCAAAGUCAUCAAGGGCAAUGAGGCCUUCAACGAGGCGAUGCUCAAGGAGCCUCCGAGGCCAUUCACGUGGUCUACAACUCAAUUAUAUGCUGCCUGCUUUAUCGGGUUUUUCUGUGCGACGAUGAACGGAUAUGAUGGGUCUCUGAUCAAUAACCUUCUUCAGAACCCAUGGUUCCUGGAAUACUAUCAUGGCGAAAAUGCCGGUAUUUGGGCUGGUAUUGUCACAUCGAUGUACCAGAUCGGAGGGGUUGUUUCCUUGCCUUUCGUCGGGCCCGCAGCAGAUACAUAUGGACGGAGAUUCGGAAUGUGGAUUGGAUGUCUCAUUAUUAUUGUCGGGACCAUCAUCCAAGGUGUGGCCACACGAGAGAACGGGACGAAGCAAUUCAUGGGCGGUCGAUUCUUGUUGGGUUUUGGAGUUAACAUUGCCUCUGCUGCGGGACCUAUGUACGUUGUUGAGGUAUCUCACCCAGCUUAUCGCGGUAUCGUCACGGCCAUCUUUAAUUGUUUUUGGUUCACUGGAUCCAUUAUAGCUUCUGGCGUUGCUCGCGGAGGCCUUAAUGCGGGGGGGAACCUUUCAUGGAGACUCGUCAUCUGGAUCCAGCUCAUGUUCUCAGGCAUCAUCUUAAUCGCUGCGUACUUCCUCCCGGAAUCACCGAGAUGGUUAUACGUCAACAGUAAGCCGGAGGCAGCCAGGAAUAUGCUUACCAAAUACCAUGGCGAAGGGAACCCGGAUAGUGAAUGGGUUAAGCUGCAACUAAAUGAGUACGAAGAACUGCUGGAAAUGGAUGGUGCCGAUAAGCGGUGGUGGGAUUACAGUGCGCUAUUCAAGAAUAGGUCUACUUGUUAUCGACUUUUCUGCAACGUCAGCAUUACCAUUUUCGGCCAAUGGGCAGGCAACGCCGUGCUCUCUUAUUUCCUAGGCAAGGUCCUGGGUACUGUAGGUAUCCACAGCACGUUUGGACAGGCCAACAUCACCUUAAUAAACAACUGCCAACAAUUCCUUUUCGCCUUGUUAGGGGCUAACCUCGUGGAUCGAGUUGGCCGUCGACCUCUACUCCUCUUUUCGAACAUCGGCUGUUGUGUUGUCUGGUUGGCAAUGACUGUCUCUGCGGGGCUCUACCAAAAAUCUAUUCCCCCCUUGCCCCCUGGAGCUGAUCCAGAUACAGAAUUAUACGGGACCAACAAGGCGGCGGGAACCGCCUCCCUGGCAUUCAUCUUCAUUUUUGGCGCCGUCUACUCCGUUGGCUUCACACCUCUUCAAGCUCUGUACCCUGUCGAAGUUCUCUCAUUCGAAAUGCGUGCUAAGGGAAUGGGUUUCUCCGGCUUCACCGUCGCCGCUGCUGGACUCCUCAAUCAAUUUGCAUGGCCCGUGGCCCUGGAGAAGAUCGGAUGGAAGACAUAUAUCAUCUUUACCGUGUGGUGUGGAAUCCAAGCCACCGUCAUUUACUUUUUUAUUCCUGAAACAAAGAACCGCACACUCGAGGAACUCGAUGAAAUAUUCAACGCGAAAAAUCCCGUCAAGGAGUCGAUAGCCAAGAAGCGACUCGGUUUCGAUGCUUACGGCGAGGUUAUCAAUAUUCAAGAUGCUUGA